CCCCCCCCGUCCCGCCCCAGCCCAGGUCGGCCAGGUCUGCGCCUGCGCGGGCGCGGGCUCCGCUCGCCUGCCGUCCUGCGGGCGGGCGGCUCCGGGCGUGGGGCGGGUGCCCGCGGCCAUGGAGUCAUGACAGACUGACUGGAUGGAGCAACUUUAAUUUGCAAACUUUUGUAAAAUAACACAAGAAUCAUUUCAGUAAAAAUGGAAAGUGAACAUGGCCUUUUGUUUGUUUUGCAGUGUUGAGAAAUUGAACAAAUAAUAGGAGACCCAGUCAUCAAAUUGACUUCAGAAGAGAGAGCCUAGCAAAGCUAACAUGGAGAAAAGUGGGAAAAUUACCAAAAAGCUGUCACCCUCCACACUGGGAGCCACUGUCACAGCUCACCAUGGGAAUGCAAGGAUUACAGAUGUACACCAGCACAGCUGAAGAGCUCUUACCUUCUGAACGUCUCCCUAUUUUUUUUUUGACUCUUUACUAGUUUGUGACUUCCUUGUCUUUGAACAUCUCACACUUAGCAGAAGACCAAGUUCACAGAUCCCAAAUCAGUGUUAAAAAAGUCUUUCCUGAAGAAAGAUCAUAAGCAACAUGAUGGAUUCAGAAGCUCAUGAAAAGAGGCCCCCAAUACUAACAUCUUCAAACCAAGAUCUGUCACCUCACAUUGCAAACGUUGGUGAAGGAAAGCAUUACUUUUGUGGCUGCUGUGCAGCUUUCAACAAUGUCGCCAUCACUUACCCUGUUCAGAAGAUUCUCUUUCGGCAGCAGCUGUACGGGCUCAAAACCCGAGAUGCAAUACUGCAAUUGCAGAAGGAUGGAUUUCGAAACUUGUAUCGUGGAAUCCUCCCCCCGUUGAUGCAAAAAACAACUACACUGGCCCUCAUGUUCGGACUGUACGAGGAUUUGUCUCGCCUCCUCAGGAAGCACGUGAGUAGCGCUCCCGAGUUUGCAACCAGAGGUGUGGCAGCUGUGCUCGCGGGGACGACCGAAGCCAUCUUCACUCCAUUGGAAAGGGUGCAGGCACUGCUUCAGGACCACAAGCAUCAUGACAAGUUCACAAACACCUACCAGGCUUUCCGGGCUCUGAAAUGCCAUGGAAUUAGAGAAUAUUAUCGAGGCUUGGUGCCUAUUCUUUUCCGAAACGGAUUUAGCAAUGUCCUAUUUUUUGGCCUUCGAGGGCCCAUUAAGGAGCAUCUGCCCACUGCAACAACUCACAGUGCACAUUUGGUCAAUGACUUCAUCUGUGGAGGUGUUUUGGGUGCCAUGCUAGGAUUCCUGUUUUUUCCAGUUAACGUUGUAAAAGCUCGUAUACAGUCUCAGAUUGGUGGGGAAUUUCAGUCUUUCUCCAAGGUUUUCAAAACAAUCUGGCUAGAACGGGACAGGAAACUGAUAAAUCUUUUCAGAGGUGCCCAUCUGAAUUACCAUCGGUCUCUCAUCUCUUGGGGAAUAAUCAAUGCAACUUACGAGUUUCUGUUAAAAGUUGUAUGAUAAAGUCACUAUGAAAUGCUAUUCAUCAAGGAAGUAGAGAGUGCAGUUUGGCUUUGUUCCCAAAUUGGCAUCAUUAAGUCCUGGCCAUAGAAAAUUAGGGGCAAAGCAUCAACAAAACAGAACGAAAUAUUUCAGUAGGAAAAUGAGGCAUUUUGUUUUGAUCGUUGACCACAGAGCUUUAGGCUGUUGCUUAGUAACUAGCUGUGUAUUUGAUGGCCUUUGCAGGCCAACCUAUUAGCCAAGAUGCAAUUCCUUUUCCUCCUGGGAAGUCAUUAACCCUCUAUGGAAACACAUGGCCAUAAGCAGACAAAGCACAUGCUCUAGGCAGGCGCUCAGGCUCAUGUAUGGCUCCAUUUCUUGCUUGUCUCCUCCCAGGAGCAGCUGCAGAGGGCCACCUUCAUUAACUCCAGCAUCCAUGGUAGGACUGAAGAGCAGAACAGAGACAGGAAAACGGCGUCUCAGGUGCAGGCAUUUCAUGAUGAAUUGUUGGAGUUAGGUCUGAAACUAAGCACCGUUAGGAUAGUUAUCAAAACUAUUUCUGUUUAGACUUGAUAGAAUCAAACAGCUAAUACCAGUUCCCAUUUUGCUGUGUAGCUUUGGAAGUUUUCUGUUUAAUUCUGAAUGUGACUUUGAGCCCUUCCAGAAUACCCUUGUGCUGAUUUUACUUAACUCAUUGCCAAAAGAUUGGGUGACAGCUUUUGUUGUGUUUUUCAUCCUGUUAAGAAGUUGUUAAUUAGGCGUGGUGGUGCACGCCUUUAAUCCCAGCACUUGAGAGGCAGAGGCAGGUAGAUCUCUUGAGUUCAAGGCCAGCCUGAUCUACAUAGUGAGUUCCAGGACAGCUGGGGCUACAGGAAGGCCCUGUCUCAAAAAGACCAAAAAAAAAAAAAAGUUAAUUGCAAGAUCAUUCUGUUUAGCCUGGUUUCUUUGUGAUUUUGAUGCCAACUUAGCAGACCAGUGGGGGGGAUAUUUUUCAUAUUUGAGUAUCCUGAUUUCUUGAAACUAUACUUUUAAAAAAUAAACACUUCCAUAAAGUUUUAUUUUGGGAGCCUGUCAAUACAAUUCCAGAUUUUUUUUUUUUUCUUCUUGGUUUCUAAAUGCUACAGAGUGAAGGGUGAAAAAGCUCAGGGUAGUUUUCCCUACAGUGUUUCCUUUCUGUUAUAAUUACUCUUGAAAAUGGCUUCUUUAGGGUUUUGACAUUUGGGGAGCCUUGUGUAACAUUCUUUCAGUACAACAAGUUUAAGAGGAUCUGAUCUAAAUACAUUUUGAAUUCUAGAGGUUGGUAACUAGCCGGGUAUUUUAUCCCUUAUUUAGCUGGCAAAACCUUGUCCAUGAAUUACUCACACAACUGAAAUAAUACCCAUUCUAGAGAAGUAGUUUAUGAAUCUUAACAAAGCUGUCUGUAAAUAUUAGAUAAAGAUUGUUUCCUAGUAUUUGACAUCAGAAAGUAGGUCUCUUUUUUUCUUUUUUUCUUUUUUGUGGUAGUAGGGACUGAACCCGGGGCUUGCACAUUUUAGGCAAGUGUUAUACCAUUGAACUACACUCCAGCUUCCCCAGUUUUUGUUUUUGUUUGUUUCUUUGUUUGAGACAGGAUCUUACUAUUGUAACCCCAGCUGGCCUAGAAUUCACUCUAUAGACCAGGCUGGUGUCAAACUUAAGAGAUCCGCCUGCCUCUACCUCCAGCAUGCUGGAAUUAAAAGUGUAUCCCACCGUGCCUGAUACCUCCCCAGUUUUUAAAGGUGGGUUAUUUUUAAUUAACAGUUUCUCAUUUUUCUGGGUAAUUGCAUACAAAUAUACAUACAUACCUACCAAACUGAAAUCAAACCGCAACUGGAGUUUACUAGAAGUUUCUGGGGCAGAUUGUCCAAAACAUCUGUUUACCUCUAAAUACAAUAUGACUGGUUAAAUACAGUGAACAUUAUUCCAACCAUAAAGGAUAAGGGAGCCAGGCAUGGUAGCGCACACCUUUAAUCCCAGCACUUGGGAGGCAGAGGCAAGCAAAUCUCUGAGUUUGAGUCCAGCCUGGUCUACAUAGUGAGUUCCAGCCCAGUAUAUAUGGCAAUAUAGAUCAAGAUACAGAUGUGAGAAUUCAGAAAACGAGAAUUUGAUGCCAGACAAAUCUUACUAAUGUACUUCAACUUGUUGAGUUACAAUUUGAAGGGAGUGGAGUUUCACAAAUGGAAAGACGGCUUUGGUUCCUGGUCCCACUGUCCACAUGUGUGCAACCUCGAGUACACACAAGCCUGCCAAGUGCUCAGCCUGGGGGUAGGGGGUGGUGAGUUAACCAGGGAUUGUGACUUUGCCUUGGGAAUUAAUUUCCAUUGGCCUUGGGGUAGAGGGAGGGUGUCUACACUCCAUGCAGGCCAUAAAGUUGUAAAAGUACUUUUAUGAAAUAAUAUAAUUGGACUGCUUUGGGUUUGUGUUUCACUUAUGUGGCAUUUUAACGCAAUUACUAAAAGUUUUAACAAGUUUUAACUUUAAAAUUUUUGUUGCUCUUUAUAGCUCAUGAAGACUAAACUGCAAAUACAUUACCAGAGAUGGGUUUUCGUUCUCCUAUAAGCUUCUUAAGUCUGACAAAAAAAAUCAGAACUUGCAACCAACUUUAUCUGAACUUUAAGGUCAGAAUGUUUAAUGAAUAAAUUUUAAACCAGUGUGUUCAAAUAUUUUCAAAGUACACGUGAUUGAAGAACUAUCUGAAAAGCUUUUAAAGUGGCCUUUCUGUUACAUAUUGGCACAGAUGGCUCAUGAGCACAGGACACUCAGUCUUGUGCCCUAGGCUUCAUAUCUGAUGCCACCAGAAAUAUGUUUAAAUUCUGUAUUUAACACACUCACAGUGCCAUGAGCCCUCAGGACUGCACUACAGAGCAAGCAGCCUUUGUAUGGUGUUCUUAUCUCAUUUUGUGAUUGGAGACAAAGUUGAUGUUCUUAAUAUUCCUCUUAAUUUGUUGGUUCUAGAAUCACUUGCUAUAUAUUGUGACCCUUUGCAAUAAAACAGAACUGUACAUGUGUUGUGUUUGGGUACCUGGAAUUCCUCAGCUCAAUUACAACAUAGAUUAAGGCUGUGCAAAGCUCUAAAGCAGUAAUGAGCAGUGGGCAGGAUCUGUGGCCUGGGAUCUAGAGGGUUGGCUUUGUGUAAGCCGCUCUUGUUGAGCCAAGGCGGGUCGGCUGGAGAGGAAGGCCCUGUAGUAUGAGGGAUGUGGUCAUUCAAUGACGGCUAGGCAGACCAUGUUGGAAGUAAAGCACUUACACUUGGUUUUAUGUUAAAUAUAUCUUCUCAUAUACAAAUAAAUGCAUAUCAAAAACUUGAA